AUGAAAAGCCUGCUGCUGCUCCAACUCGCUCUGGUUGCCAGCGUGGCAGCUCUCGCCGGCCGCGGCUCCAACCACGCACUCUCUCUGAUCGCCGCCCGUUCCUCCGAGAAUCAUCCACUUCACGCCACUGAUCCGAUCACAAUAUGGUGUGCUCCCGACAAUGUUCAGGUGAGUCGGGGUCUGAAAAUACAACAAAAAAAGUAUAUCUGCUCACUUUGAGGUGGUCAUAAAAACUGCUCAUUUCGUGCGAGUUUCGAACAACGAGCAGCUGGAGGCGACGUUGAGUCCGACGAAGAAGAAUGCCACGUACACGCUCGCAUCCCCGUCUGUCAAAGGUAAGGCAUAAACUUGGAGCAGUCUACCGCGCUUUGUCUCUCAAUCUGCGGCUGCGUCAAAAGUUUUGGCUUUCCAAAAGCCUCCAGUCAGAUCCAGAUGACUUGCAUCUUCCACAUCUGGAUCGCCGCUCUCUUUUGAAUAAAGUAUUCAACCGAUCGAUCGGUUGCCUUCUCCUCACCCACCAACACAUGUGCUCGUCGUAAUUCUCUUUGUUUUGCAGACGCGGGCGAGUACAAAUGCGAGUUGGAGACACAGCACGGCAAGAUCAGCCACAAGGUCUUCAUUUAUUGUGAGUAACAGAGAGAGAGAGACGGGGGUGGUCAGGUGGCGGCCCCCAACUGAACCGACUUUAUUACAGCGCGACCCGUUGUCCAUUCGCAUGAGCAUUUCACCGAGCACGAAGGACACGAGUUCCAUUUGGAGAGCACCGGCACCACUAUUGAAGUAAGCGUGCUUCGCCGAAAUCCGGCGCGAAAUUCACGUACGCAGACAUGGAUUUGAAAUUGUUAAGUUAAAGGAUGUCUGCAACAAAAAAUUGGUGCUCAAGCUACGUAUGCUGUUUCAAAAAAUAAGUAAUGACUAUUGAAAGCACUUUUCGUCGCCUUAUUCUCACUGAUAACUUUCACGAAUUUCUGUUAGGUCGCUUUCUCUUUGCUCAAGUGGAUACUUUUUGAAACUAGAUCGCAACUCAAGAAUGACAGGGAUGGGUUUUCACGUGGAAAUGCGGUAGAGCGCUCAGAAUUAUCAAGAUCCCUUGCUUUUUCUGCUUCCACUUCGGUGAUCGCCGGUUAUUCUUCAAAAAACCUAGGGAAAGUCUUGUCCAUGGAAACGGUUUUUUUUAAAGAAAGGCGAAGCUGUCUCGCUGACGUGCCCAGUUUCGGGCUACCCGAAGCCAGUGGUCAAGUGGACAAAGGACGGAUCCCCACUCGGUAAUUCCCUUUUUUCCCUCUCUCUCUCUUCCUUUUCUACCGUAAUCUUUCCAGCUCUGAGCAAAUCGGUGUCGAUGGAGGGAACGACGGUGCUCAUCGGCGCCGCCAACUACACCGACGCGGGCAUCUACUCGUGCGAGGCCGUCAACGAGUACACGUUGAACGGCAAAACGAGCAAGAUGCUGCUGGUCGUCGACAAAAUGGUCGAUGUCAGAAGUGAGCACAGAGUACCGUACUCCUACACUAAUCCCCCGUUUUGCAGGCGAAUUCCAAUGGGUCUACCCGCUCGUCGUCAUUUUGGUCACUCUUUUCCUUCUCUUCCUCAUCAUUUUCGUUUGCGAGUGGCGCAACAAAAAGGCCGCCUCGAAAGCAUAA